AUGGAAUCAGAAGAGAGACCUUGUCUUUGGAUUGAGCUCCGAAGGAAGAACGACGCCUCAUUUUCACCUUCCAUCAAUUGUUUCUUCUCCGUAGAGCCGAAUCAUUUCCAGUCGAGAAAGUAUAAAAUGGCUGAUGGUGAAGACAUUCAACCCCUUGUCUGCGACAAUGGAACUGGAAUGGUUAAGGCUGGUUUUGCUGGGGAUGAUGCACCGAGAGCUGUGUUUCCGAGUAUUGUAGGCCGUCCUCGUCACACCGGAGUGAUGGUUGGAAUGGGACAAAAGGAUGCGUACGUUGGCGACGAAGCUCAAUCCAAGCGUGGUAUUCUAACUCUCAAGUACCCGAUUGAGCACGGUAUUGUCAACAAUUGGGAUGACAUGGAGAAAAUCUGGCAUCACACUUUCUACAAUGAGCUCCGUGUUGCUCCCGAGGAGCAUCCCAUUCUACUCACUGAAGCACCUCUCAACCCAAAAGCUAACCGUGAGAAGAUGACUCAGAUCAUGUUUGAAACUUUCAAUGCCCCUGCCAUGUAUGUGGCUAUUCAAGCUGUCCUGUCACUUUACGCUAGUGGUCGUACCACUGGUAUUGUGCUUGACUCUGGAGAUGGUGUGAGCCACACGGUUCCUAUCUACGAGGGUUACGCUCUCCCGCACGCCAUCCUACGUCUUGACCUUGCAGGUCGUGACCUCACGGAUGCUCUCAUGAAGAUCCUCACUGAGCGUGGUUACUCAUUCACCACAACAGCUGAGCGUGAAAUCGUCAGAGACAUUAAGGAGAAGCUUUGCUACAUUGCUCUUGACUACGAGCAGGAGCUUGAGACGGCUAAAACCAGCUCUGCUGUGGAGAAGAACUAUGAGUUACCUGAUGGGCAAGUGAUCACCAUUGGAUCUGAGCGGUUCCGUUGCCCGGAGGUUCUGUACCAGCCGUCUAUGAUCGGUAUGGAGAAUGCUGGUAUCCAUGAAACCACAUACAACUCCAUAAUGAAAUGUGAUGUGGACAUCAGGAAGGACUUGUAUGGUAACAUUGUGCUUAGUGGUGGGACAACUAUGUUCCCUGGGAUUGCUGAUAGAAUGAGCAAAGAGAUCACUGCUUUGGCGCCGAGCAGCAUGAAGAUCAAAGUCGUUGCACCGCCUGAGAGGAAAUACUCUGUCUGGAUUGGAGGAUCCAUCUUGGCCUCCCUCAGUACCUUCCAGCAGAUGUGGAUUGCAAAGGCGGAAUAUGAUGAGUCAGGCCCGUCGAUUGUUCACCGGAAAUGCUUUUGA